CCCGCCGCCGCCCCGCGCCCGGCCCGCCCGCGGCACCAUGUCCCGCCGCAAGAUCUCGUCAGAGUCCUUCAGCUCGCUGGGCUCGGACUGCCCGGAGACGAGCCCCGAGGAGGAGGGCGAGUGUCCCCUGUCCCGCCUCUGCUGGAACGGCAGCCGCAGCCCCCCCGGCCCCGCUGACAUCCCCUUCGCCGCCGCCGCCGCGGCCAGCGCCGGGGCGCGCCGCGCUCCGCGCCGCCGGCGGGUCAACCUGGACUCGCUGGGCGAGAGCAUCCGCCGGCUGACGGCCCCCGCGCCUCAGACCAUUCGGCAGACUCUUCAAAAGACACUGCAGUACUUUGAGCAUCAAGUUAUUGGUUACAGAGAUGCAGAGAAGAAUUUUCACAAUAUAUCAAACAGAUGCUCCUAUACAGACUGCUCUGGCAAUGAAGAAACUGAAGAUGUCUCAGGAAUUCUCCAGUGUACGGCUAAUGUGCUUGGUCUGAAGUUUGAGGAAAUGCAAGAGAAGUUUGGGGAGGAAUUCUUCAAUAUCUGCUUUGAGGAGAAUGAGAGAGUGCUUCGAGCUGUAGGUGGGACCCUUCAAGACUUCUUCAAUGGCUUUGAUGCUUUGCUGGAGCAUAUUAGAACUUCAUUUGGAAGACAGGCCACCCUGGAAUCUCCUUCUUUCCUAUGCAAAGAACUCCCUGAAGGCAAUCUCAUGCUUCAUUAUUUUCACCCGCAUCAGAUUGUGGGAUUUGCAAUGACAGGAAUGAUAAAAGCAGCAGCAAAGAAGAUUUACCGCUUGGAAGUGGAAGUAGAACAGGUCACAAACGAUAAGUUGUGUUCAGAGGGGACAAACCCAGGUAACUGCAGUUGUUUGACUUUCCUUAUCAAAGAACAUGAAAAUGCAAAUACCACAAAAGCACUUCCACCAGGAACUUCCCAGUCCCCCUUAGACCUGAGGAUUAGUAUCAGCACCUUCUGCAGAGCUUUCCCCUUUCACCUGAUGUUUGAUCCAAACAUGCUGGUUCUCCAGCUUGGAGAAGGUCUUAGGAAGCAGCUGAGAUGUGACACUCAUAAAACGCUGAAAUUCCAAGAGUGCUUUGACAUAGUCUCUCCUAAAAUCAGUGCCACAUUUGAACGAGUUCUCCUGAGGUUAUCUACACCCUUUGUCAUCCGGACCAAACUUGAGGAUUCUGAUUCUGAAAGUAAAGAUAAGGUGAUGGAAAUUAAAGGACAAAUGAUUCAUGUGCCAGAAUCAAACUCUAUAUUGUUUCUGGGAUCCCCCUGUGUGGACAAGCUGGAUGAGCUGAUGGGCCGAGGCCUCCAUCUUUCGGACAUACCUAUCCAUGAUGCUACUCGUGAUGUCAUACUGGUUGGGGAGCAAGCAAAGGCACAGGAUGGCUUGAAAAAACGAAUGGAUAAGCUGAAGGCAACACUCGAAUGUACACACCAAGCCCUGGAAGAGGAGAAAAAGAAAACAGUAGAUCUCCUUAUUUCUAUUUUCCCUGAAGAGGUGGCUCAGCAGUUGUGGCAGGGGCAGCAGGUUCAGGCCAGGAAGUUUGAUGAUGUGACCAUGCUCUUCUCGGACAUUGUUGGCUUCACUGCCAUCUGUGCCCAGUGCACGCCCAUGCAGGUCAUCAGCAUGCUCAACGAGCUCUACACGCGCUUCGACCACCAGUGUGGAUUCCUUGACAUCUACAAGGUGGAAACAAUAGGUGAUGCGUACUGCGUUGCAGCAGGGCUCCAUAAGAAAAGCCUUAGUCAUGCCAAAGCCAUUGCCCUGAUGGCACUGAAGAUGAUGGAGCUUUCAGAAGAGGUUCUUACUCCAGAUGGAAGCCCAAUUAAGAUGAGGAUAGGCAUUCACUCAGGUUCUGUGCUGGCCGGCGUCGUCGGCGUGAGAAUGCCGCGCUACUGCCUCUUUGGGAACAAUGUCACCCUGGCGAGCAAGUUCGAGUCAGGGAGUCACCCACGCCGCAUCAACGUCAGUCCCACCACGUACCAGCUCUUGAAAAAGGAAGAAAAUUUUAUUUUUAUCCCUCGUUCCCGUGAAGAGCUUCCAGAAAACUUUCCAAAGGAAAUUCCUGGGAUCUGUUACUUCCUGGAGGUCAGAAGUGGUCAGAAGCCGCCAAAACCUUCCAUCCCAUCUGCCAGAGUGAGAAAGGUGUCUUACAACAUCGGCACCAUGUUCCUCCGGGAGACCAGCCUAUGAGGCCUGCUGCAGAUCAAAGACUUGUCAAAAAAGCACAAGCCCAGAACUGGGUCAUGACAGGGGAGUUGGAGGUUCUUUGUGUUUCGCUGCCUUCUUCUGAACAGGCAGUUAAAGCUCCAUGUAAUGUCAGGCAAUAAUCAUUUUAAAAGGUGGGUAACUGCUGUCGGUAAACAAAGAGGAGAUAGGGAAAAAAUAUUAAACAAUGUACUUCCACUUCCAGAGGAAUUUCUUUCAUAAACUUCAGUCUGGCCCCUCUAUGGCAAACAAAACAACGAAACAAAACCCCAACUCUCAAAUUAGAGGUUGGUCUUGUUUUGUGCAGAAAGGGUGAUGGUUCUCUGUAGAUUUGCACCAGCUAAGCAGAAUUGAGAGUCAGUUCUGAUUAUGCAUUCCUAUAUUUAAUGUGUUCUUCAGUAAGGUAAUGAUGUUUUUUAACUUUAUGAACAAGCAUUUCAUACAUAUACUGUAGAGCUAUUGUAACCUUCCUGGCAGGAGGAAUUAUGACUCAAUACAAAUAUUGUAGGAAUUUUACCUAUUUUUAUACAUAUUUCACUUUCUGGAUAAUUACAUUCCACAUACUGUAAGCUGAGUGAGCUUAGAUAGCUUUUCAGAAGAAGUUACUGUAUAUUUCAUACAUUCUACCUAUCAAACCUUAUUGUUAUACAAGUGGGAAGAAGGCAUUUCUUGACUUUUUUGGCAACAAAAAAAAGAAUCAAUAUUUACAGAAUAAAACCCCCACUUUGAUAAAUCACUUUAUCUUGUUUUUAUGCUAAAGCUUUAGAUGAGCACUGUCUUCUUAUAUAAAAUAACGUUCAGUAUUUGUCCUACAGUGUUGUAUGUCCAGUCCUUCCAGGACAAUGUAAACAAAGUUCAGAAGAUCAAUGUAUGGACAAACAGAAAAGUUCUCUUGUUUUCCCUCUAAAUUAUCAGCCAAACUGAUCUUCAGUAAAAGCCCUGAACUUCUCUAAAAUUUUGGUCUUGUGAAAACUUAUUCUGAGGAAUUCCAGCAGACACUGGAAGAUCUCUGGAUGGUUUUCCACAUUUUUUUUUAAUAGGACUUGUUCUCCUAGUCCAGAUUGAUAGUUGAAAAUCCAUUCUGUUAAUAAUGAUUGUUCAUUUGGAAACUUCCUCUGUUGUUGGAUUGGCUGAAAGUCCACUGCUUUAUCUAGCUGAGAUCAAAAGAACCUCAGAAAGGGAAAGGCAGUACUUUUCCAGGUUUAAUGCAAAUGGCAGUUCAAGAUUUUUGUUAGUCCAAGACAAUAAAAAAAAAAAGGAAGAAAACAAAACCAAAAAAACAAACAAAACCAAAACCAAACAAGCAAAAAAAAAAAAAAAAGGCCUAUUAUUUGCUGUUGAAAAUUAAUACAGUAUUAUUGUCUUCAAUUAAUCCAGUUCAAGCAAGAUGUGUAUCUGGAACAUUUUCAGGCAUUUUUUAUUUCUCAGGUUUUCUUUUUCACAAGUAGUGGUGGUCAGUUUUCCUGUGUGGUGUGCUGCCUUUGGAUCCUGCUGGGGUGGGUGAUGUUGUUGUGAGCUUGCAGAUUGUUAGUUAAAAUCUGUGCCGUGGUUCCAAAGUGGCUUAGCUGCACGUGGGCCUUUAAUCACUUCAAUCAAAGAUAAGGCUCAGCAGCAACUAGGAGGCAUAAGAUACUCUGCAUUUCUCUAAUUCAGAACAGAAAUUAGUUUGCUUAUGUAUUUAGUAGUCACAACAUGAGGCACCUCUUGAAAAUAAGUAAAUAAAUUUCACUACAUUUCAAGAUUGUCCAGCUGGAUCUUUCUGUGCAGGGAAUGACAGUUCUCUAUUUCUCCCCUUUGACCAGUAGCCCCUGUGAGUCAGCAUGGCACUGCUAGCCUGUGCUGAGAAUGUUUCAGAAUUCUUUUCCAUGAAGCCUUUCUGGAUGAUAAAGGACUGUCUUGAACCUUCACCAACUUCAGCAGUCAGACAAUGUCUGAACUUAUUGUGCAGGGGUCAGUUCUUCUUUGUGUAAGGAGGGUAGAUGCAUGGAAAUUAGCCCCAAAAUCUAUUUUAAUGCAAAUUUCCUCACUUUCUAGUGGGAUACUGAUGUUAAAGAUUUCUUCCAUUGGGAUUAGAGCAUUGUUGAGAUUAGAGUUAUUAUUUUUUCAUCUACCUUGAUAAACAGCAUAUGGAGUUUUGUGGUCUAUCUAAAAAAUUACUUUAGAAAACUGUUCAAUUUGAGAUUGUGAAAUUUCCAUCCAAAUUACAGAUCUGAGAAUUUCCUGCACAAGUUUUAGCCUAUAGCCAUUAGUUUGCACAUACACAGGAUGUAGCAUGCAUUUUUUUACCCUGGGAACACCAGUGAGAUGUGUAAGAAUCAGAAAUGGAUCAAAGUUCAUGUUUCACCACUGAAAGAGGAAUGUCACUUCCCAGCUAAUAAAUCCAUAGUUCUGAUGUCAUUACUCAGUUCCCUAGAGUGAUUUUUUUUCAAAUAGUCAUUAGUAGAUUUAGAUUUCAGUCUGACUUCUCUGGCACAUCUUCAUUGUUCAGUAGUUGCUGAUGUCAGAGUCCCAACCUAUCUGUCAAGCUCUUUUUCUCUUCUCCCCACCCACACUCCUAUGUGAAGAGUACAGAUUUUGAGGUUUAGACCAAAAGCUUGUAGUUCAAUAUCUUGUCUCUUACAGUUGUUAGUAAGAAAUGUCUAGGUUAAUUCUGCACCUGAUCUUGAUAAUGGAAACGUUUUCAUAGCAAAUGAUGGAUAAAUGCUAGUUUUACUGGCAAAAUGGAGAAGCAAUCAAAACCAGUUUGUAUCACCAUCCUCAUCCUCUCAGAGACUUUUUGUUGUAUAAGGAGACUUAAAAUCAGAGAGAUCUGUGUGGGAACUGGUACCACCAUUGGUAGUGUUUGCAAAUAAAUCAUCUAGCUCCCCAAAUGAGAGUACACUGACUGUAUAAAAAUACACAGUCUUUGUUUUUCAUAAGCUUAUGUAAAGUUAACAUAUCUGGAACUGCAGAUGCUAGGUAUUACGUUAUUUGUGUUAUGAUGAGGGAUGCUAAUGAAAAAAGUGUGGGCUCUCUGGGGACAUUUUUCUAUGUCAAUGUGAGGAAAGUGUAAAACAAACUCUCAGCACUUUCUAAAUUAGUAGUUGCAUCUGCUGCCUUUCAUAUUCGGUUGCAAGCUUAUUUUUUUUUGGACACCUUUACAAAGUGAAGUGGAACUUAUUAUCAAGAUUGAUGUUGUCAUGUCAAUUAGGUGGUAGUCAGACUCAACAUUUCUCCAACAACGCUUACUUUUAGUGAUAGAGAAAAGGUUCUUAUUUUCCUGGCAUUGUCUUAUAAAUAGAAAGGUUCCCAGAAUUCUGUACCUUGAGAUGAUGAGGUGAAGAGGUUAGAGGUGCUGAAAUGGUUACAGAAAUAAUAUACUCUAGUUGGAAUUUUCUUUCAACUUUUUACUUCCUAUAAAACAGAGGAUCUUUGGCUCCUCUGAGUAAGAAUUUGCAUUCUGGUGUUUCUUCUCGUAGCUGCAAGAAGCCACAUCUGCUGUCUUGAGUUUCUGUGCAGAACAAAUCUACCCUCUCUGAAAAGAGAAGGAGGAGAUCUAUUUUGUAUUGCAUGUAGAAUUCAAAGGGAAGGUGAUGUGAGGAUCCCCCUACUGGGUUCAUCCAUCUCUUUGUGGCCAGUUGCUUGUACAAAGGCCAAAGUAAAGAGAGUCCACAGCCAUUUCCCCAGAACACUUUUUACAGAUCUCGUGUCAGAUUCUUCCAUCUGUUUGAAGCUCUCCAUCACACAGGCCUUUCUGUGAUGCAGUUCAUAGAGAUCAUGAACUCAGAGCAAAAGGGAAAUAGUGAUGAAGUGGUAUGGUGGUGGAAAAAUUUUGUUUUGCAUCCCUCUGGUAAAAUUUGCCAUUCAAAGACAAAAGCCUCUGCAUGGGAGAAUUGCUACUAAGCCAGGACUCUCAAAGUAUGGUUUUCUUGCAAGAUCCCAAAGGAUAUUUCAGUUUUAAUUUCAGAGAGCCAAUAGUCAUUAACUGUGAUUGUGGUUUUGGCUUCUCUGCUCAUUCCCACAUUCUGUUUCAGAUCUGGGUCUGUUUUGAAGCCUGGAAACACGCCUCUGCAAACAGAAAACCAAAGCUCUUAAAACCUUGGAAAUCUUGUAUGGGAAUUGCCUGUUUUGAAGAAAUGCUUGCGAUUGAGUCAUUAACAGUCCAUGGCAGUUCAUGUGUGUGCACAUGCCAUUUCACAGUGCUAUCUCCUCUUGUGCUUACAGUGUUCCCUACCAAGCCCAUCAGCAAGAUUUAACAUCCAUCUUCCAUUUUUUCCUGUAUAAAGCAAGCACUGCAAAACCAUGACAUGCUGUAUGCAUUUAAAAGUAUCAGCACUGCACUAAGAUGUAAACUCUGAUAACCAGUUUCAUAUUGUAUAUGUCUUGCUCUGAAUUGAUCCUUCUCUCAGGCAAUUUAAAAAUGAAUGGAAAAAAAAAAAAAAAAGCUGUGUUCUCAAACUGCUGUGUUGCAUUGCAAAUGAGUCUGAGAGCUGCAUUGGUUGUUGGGGCAAGCUGAAUUGCUGGACAACUUUCUGGUUCUUGAGGUGCCACAAGCUGUCACAUGUACGUGCUUCAUGCAGACAGUCCUGUCAAGGAAUCUGUAAUCCAGCAGCAGGGACAUGUGAGUUUUCCUCUUCUAGUCUGAGGCCACUAUUUCACCUCUGCUGAGUGCACAGAGCUCACUGAGGAGAGCUGAUUCCCUGUCCUAAUGCAGUCUCAGAGCUUCUGGCUUCCUUUCUGGAUUCUGGCGAUCUUUUGCAAAAUUGUGCAUGUGUAGUAUUGGAAAUAGCAGCGUGCUUAAAUUAGCAACAAAACAAGAAGCUAAAAAAAGCUUGUCAAACUCAGAGACAGUUGGUUCCUUUCCCUCGAGGUAAUACAUUAUUCAUAAUGCUGUACAGGAUUGAGGGUGCCAGUGACAGGAGAGGCUGUGGAUGAAUUAAAGAUGCUGAGUGUGCAGUAGACUCAACAAGUAGGAGUUGAUUGGCUUCUGCUACUGUUAAUAAUUCCAUCAUCUUGCAUGCUAUGUCCUGCUCUUGUCAGGGUUCUGCUCUCCAAAAGAUUUCCACUUACCUUCCCUUAGCACACUGUAUGUGACAUAGUGAAUAAUCCCUAUUGUUGUUCUAAUUAGCAUAUAUUGUUGACAUGGCUGCUUACAUCUAAAGAAUAACUGGGGUUAAAGGGCUGAUCUUACUCUUCUGGCAGCAGAGACAAAACUGCUACAGUGGCACAGCAGGCACUCACAUCCUUAGAGAGGGAAAAAAAAAUGCAGUGCAAGUUUCUACUGGUGGAUUUGGGUGAAGUCAUUGCAUGAACGGCCCAUGGCAUGUUUUUUAGCUUUCACAAGCACCAAAUUUAUCUGUGCAGAUAGGAGUUACUCCUUAACGAUGUUAUUCAUUUGCAAUGCAUGAGCAGGCUUACAGCAAAAAUCUGUGAAGUGUUUAACCUCAUACACAUGAUUGAUCUUUUGUGGCUUGGCUGUUAAUCAUGCUUGAAAGCAAGAGAGACAGUGAAACUGAGGAAUGCAGCGAUUCAGUCACAGGCAACAGAUCAUUCACCUCUGCAGAUGCUAGCUUGUUCCUGUGGCUUAGAAAGGUUGACCUCCAGUUGUCUGUGGUCCAGGUUAGUGUCACUGUGUCACUGUAGCAACGAAAUGGCCUCUGAAAACAGCAUGAGGCAUCUCAGUCUGCUUCCCUCUGGGCUAGGGUUCACAUUAGAGAGCCCGAUACAACAUGUGAUGCAAAGUGGCAACUUUGCUGGCAGCCUUAACAAAAGAAUCAGUGGAAGCAGAUGUUAAACCAGCUGUUUGCUCCAGGGAUUUUAGUUUCCAAAGGCAGAGUGAGGCUGAAUGUGUUUUAAUUCGGAGAAAAAGAAAAGAGAGGAUUUCAGAGAAACAAGUGUCUUCCUUGGCUAGUAAGGAGGCAGUGGAAUUACAUGAAUCAAGAGGGACAUGCUGAUUACCUUGGCUGCAGCAGCACCUUCAGUGUCUGGCCCUCUUUGGCAUUCCAACAAUCAAAGUUUCUUUUGAAAACUGGAGGACAGGCACUUUUCCUGUCAGGCACUUGUCCCCUCUGCUCCCUCUGCUUUAGAAAGAGUAUGAGGCUGCCUAAAUGCUUGAGUGUGCUUAAAUUUCUCAGUGACCGCGGAUGGCAAACUUAGACUAGACAUCUGUUUUUUAAGAUGGCCAAGAUAAGGGAGACUGAUCCCACUGAAUUACAUUAUUUUCAGCCCAAGUGCUGUGUCUCUGAUCUUCUGUUGUGCUGCUUUUCAGCAUCUUGCACUGGCCAGAAUAACUAGAAUCGAACUAAGUGUCAGAGGGGUAGAUAAGCAUAUUCCAAGAUAAGUGAAGUGUUACCACUGUAGCCAUGGUGACUGUUGCGAACGCGGGCUACUGCACUUCUGCAGAUCCCUCCUAGUGUCUGAACCCUUUGCAUGUGAUACCAGCACUGCCAGCACAACUCUGGGAUGCCAUGAGGAGUGUGAUUUACAAAAGGUUCUGAGCUUUGAGCCCCUAGCCCAGUUAGGCAAAACCUGUGUGCCCCAUUCGUCUGAACUGUAUGCCAGAAUGCUUGUGUAAGCCUUAUCCUGAUGGUAGUAACACAUACAGAUUCUAAAGAACAGAGGGAUAGCUGCCAGGUUAUCAUUAACGUACAUUUUUUUGUGCUUUUGUGAAUUUUUUGGCCCCAAAUUAACUUUCUAUUAGCAGAAGGUGUCACACUGAGCUUCUUGUUUUCUAGGUAAUUAUUCCUUAGCAAUACUCUCUAAUGACUAUUCUUGAAGCAAUAAGUAAAGCCAUGUUAAUCUCUUCUGUGUAGGCUCCUGUGCAACACCUAUCACCUUAACAAACCACUUUUCAGUGGGACAUUAAAUGGCAGAAUAACACCCUGAUGUGUACGGUUGGUCCUUCCAUCCUCUUCCUCAGAGAAGAGGAGGAUGUAAUGGAAUAAUUUGAUUUUUUUAAGUGGUGUUUUUUUUUUAGUUUUUUAAAAGUAUAUGUUGCUACUCACUUAAAUAAUUAAGAGCAAAAUUAGAACUAUGGACCAGAAUUAGAAAAGAGUUUUGGAUGUAAAAAGUAUUUUAAAAGACUGUCUACUAAGUAAGACUAGUCUCACAUUCUAGAUAAACAAUAGGGGUAAUAGAUGUAAGACACACCCAGGAAUGAUAAAUAGGAGUAGUAAACCAGGCAGGUAUAUGCAAUGGAUUGUUUCUGUUUUAUACACAAGAGUAAAUAGAUGCUUAAACCGAUUAAUACCCACAGAGGGCAAAUGCUGUUUAAUCCAUUUUAGCAUUUGUUUAUUACCAGUACAUCCCUAAGGUAUUAUUUUUUCCUUUCUUAAUGAGAUUGGAACAUACUGUUAAAUCAAUAUCAGAGUUUCUGAACUUAUUGCAAAAGAACAAGCUUAGGAAUAAAUAAACAUCAAGGAGAGAUUUUUUUAGAUGUGAGCCAUUGCAUGAGAGAACAGAUCACAUGGAAAAGAAAAAGGAGGUACUGACAGAUAUAAUUAUUUUAGAAGUUUCUAUGGCACUUCUGAUUGAUUGAAAUAAUUCUGAAACUGUACACUGAAAGCCUGGCAUCUCAGUUCAGAUUAUUUGCAUUUCCUAAGAAGAAGCAGGUAAUUUUUAAAUUCACAUUAAGGGUAAUAGUUCUCAAUCCCAUUUUCUCUGCUUGAAUGCAACAUUUUUCUGAAAGUUGAAUCUUUGCUGAGUGACCCUGACGUUCUGGAUGCCUAAAUAAGUUUUGGAAAUGUGUGUUGGAAAUCCCCCCUCUAAAUUAAUUCCCAUGUGCUUGUCAGUGUUUAAGGGUAUAAACAUUCUUCUCUGGAAACUUCUUGUAGGUCCUGCAAGUAUAUAAAUAAGAAGCAUCUGAAGAAAGUGAAGUCUGUGUGUAGGAGAGGGCAGCUGUACGUAGUAUGUAGAUGUGGUGCUGAUGUUAGCUUUUAUCUAUGUGGAAGCAACUCUGAGGGUAUAAGGUUGAAUUUUAGAGUCUAUAAUCCUUAAAGUUUUAGUGGAAUUGCAUGAGAAAUGCAUGAUGUUGGAGUUUUUUAUUUUGAGCAAGAGUUGAAUCUCUACUUACAGAGAAAAAUUGUGGGGGUAAAAGAAAAUCUAGAAAGCCUAAAUGCAAAAUGAAAAGAGUGUCCUGCUGUUUUGUAUUAUUUGGCUUUUCUGCAGGUAGGACUAAGAAUUCCUCCAUGAGUUUCAAUACUGAAUGCAACACUAGAUGUGAAACAGGGCAAGUGAGAUACUUUGCCAACUGGAAAUUUGGAGGUGGUAGUAAGAAUGUCUUUUAAAAAGUAUAUAGGGAUAAAUGUUAACACUUUUUUUAAAAAAGGAGACUGCUUUGCUCUGUAAGUAAAUAUUGUUUAUAAAUAUCUAAACAGAAAGAAAGCUUGGAAUAUUGUUGUAUCAUAAUAAAAAAGUACAAAGUCUGUGAGAUAAUCUGCAGUUGACACUUCCCUUUAGAAACAGGAAUAUAUUGAGUUUUCUGCACAUUCAACCAAGAGUUGUCUGUAGUAAAUUUCCAAGGAAGUGGUAUUUUACCCAGUAGCUUCUGCAGAAAUAUCAUGCAGAUUAUAUUGAGUAAGGCCAAAAUUUAAUUCCGUUGUUUAGAGAUACAGAGCAUCCCAAAACCAAGCUUUAAAUAUGCUCACUGUCAGGACAGCAUUGUGCCCUUUACUGAAGUCUAAACAAAACCCAUUCUAGAAAAAACUCCCAUCCUAAUACGUGACAUUUAUACUGCCUUGCUGAAAAUUAGGGCUUCACUAAGUUGCAAACAUUAAUGUCUUUGAUGUGAGAAUAUUCCUUAUUAUUCUUAUGUCUCACUGUGCCCAAGUUGCACUGGGGUCCUCUAGAGAACCAAGGAUUUGGGGAGUUGCUGUAAAUAUGAGUGAAAUUCAGCUGAUCUGCAUUUAAGCAUCUAAAACUUAUGUCUGGUCUGAGCUAGUCAGGUCAGUUCCCUCUACAGUCAGUGCAGACGUCCUGGCAUUUUAAAGAUUGAGCAGUCCUGGAGAAAGUGUUAGGGAUGAGAUAAACCACUGCCUUAGCUAUGCUCUUCCCUUUCCUCCCCAGUGACCACUGUGGAGGACUGGUUCAGAUUAGCUGCCAUGCUGUAGGUGAGAUAAAUCCCACUGCUGUUAAGAAUAAAAAGGUGUAAAAAAUAGAACAUCAAAUACAUAUGGAGACAAAAACACUGGGGCAAGGGCUUGGCUUCAGCCAGAGAUUCAAAGGGACAUGACAGUAAAAUUAUUAAUAUAUAAGAUUUUAGAAGUCAGACUAGGAGUUUAUUCUAGUUAUAAGAACAUCAAUUUCAGUUUAAAACUAACAAUCUGUGAUUGUUGCUAACUCCCCAAUUUUGCUCUAAGAUAGCACUAGUGUAUUAUCUGAUAUAUUCAGAGCCAAGAGCCCUCUCUCCAAACCAUUAUCUUUACUGCUCGAUUCUGUCUGGAAAUAGCUACUUAAUAAAUCCAUCCAUCCAUCCAUCCAUCCAUCCAUCCAUCCAUCCAUCCAUCCAUCCAUCCAUCCAUCCCAGAAAUGUAUAUUUUUUUAACACUGAAAUAUAAAUUUUCCUCAACAAUUUUUUUUCUGUUUUGUUUUCUUGAAAAAAAAUUGCAGGCACAGCAAUAUAGUAUACAGGUCAGUGUCUGCAGUCACUUGGGAAAGAAAGGAGAGCAGAGGGUGAGGUGCUGGCUGGAUGUUCUCUCACACUGAUCGCAGUUACUAAAGCUUCUAUCUGACACCUCUGAGUCACACUUGUGUUUGAUGCCCUUGGAGUACCCAGAUUCUCAGGAGUCAGGAACAUGUGUCAGGCUCUGAACGAGAGAGGAGUGGGAAGAACCAGGGCUGCUCCUCUGCUACACUGCCCCCAUACGUCUCUCUUCUGUUUGCAGUUGCCAUUCUGAUCCUUAGACAUCUGUGGUGAUUUUCACCGCAGUCAUGGUCCGUGGGAAAGUUCCUCUUGAGAGGAAUCAAUAGUAUGUACUCCUCCACACUGUGAACUGUUGCUCUCCAGAGAAAAGGAUUAGAAAUAGUAUUGUCCUCAAGAGCUGAGAAAACUUGCAGAUUUUCCAUGUACAGUAAACAGUUUCUAUAAUUACCAGGAAAACAAAACAGACAGGCAGAGCUGUGCAGCAGGGCCAGCCCAUCUCAUACACACUGCUGUGAUAAUGAAAUCCAAACCCUGUGGAAUUGCAGACACAUUAUUCUCACUUGCUUUAAAGGUCAGCUAAAAAGCUGAUUUCUCAAAUGGGUUCAUAGCUCUGAGACAACAUAACACUAGUCAUUUCUUCCAACAAAUUGCAGUUGUCAGAGAAACUGGAGUAGUAGCUCAUGGAGCUAAAAAUAGGCACUAUGAGCUUGCCAGAGAGGGGUGAAAUCAGUGACAGAGGUGAAGGUCCAUCAAAAUAUCAUAACAUCUGGAGAAAAAGCAUCAAAAUGGUCAACUGAAAUCAAUUUAGCCAUAAAAUUACAUUACAAAGAAUUGAAAUCACAAAGAAGAAGAAUGACAAGGUUUACUCUUAAUUCUUAUUCACCUUCUAAAUCUGCUUGCAGUUUCUGUUUUAUCUGCUGAAUCAGUUUGGCCACAGUCCCUCCAAAGUUAAGUACCACAAGUUAAGCACUGAAAGUCGUGUUAAAGCCAUUAUUUGAAUACCGAAAAUAAGUUUUUGGCUUGACAUUUCCAUCUUCUUCGCAGGAGGGAGGAGAAGAUAAUUUAUUGCUAAAUUUAUUCAACUGAAAAAUAAAAGCUAAACUCCCAAAACCCAAAUCUAAUAACAGAGCUAUAGUGAAAGAAAAUUUCCAAACCUCAGCAAAUCUUUACUAAAAAGGAGGUAAUUAUUUUUCAUUGCCUCAAACAUUUGCAUUUUAAAGAAUUCUCUUCUGUGCCAUGAUUUUGCAAGUUCAUAUUGCUUCUUGCUUGGAUUUAACAAACUAAACAAAACAAACCACUUCUUUAUUCUUAAUUCUUCUUCAAUUACUAAUUUUUUGCAGCAGGGCAAUUCCACCAUGCUGUGUAUGACCCUGAAGGAGCAGCAAUCCACUGCAGACAGAGUACCUCAGCCUGUUUAGUCAAGGUGAAAAAUUCUUCAAGGAACAGGCUGGGACUCAGCUAAGACAGGGCUGGCAGGAGUUGCGUGCUGUUUCUACUAUGACUUAAGUAAUUAUUUUUAUUAUAUAUUCAAAAGUUGACCUAUGCAUAGCUCAGGAAUAACCUUCACCACUUUCUUUACAAACUCUUCCUGUAGUAUGCGUCUUUUCUGCACACCUGUUAUAAAAUCUCUGCAUUUCAGAUCUAAGGCACUGACAAGUAUAGGGUAUAAACAAUAGCUUAUGUCAGUGAAGCAAAUCACUGUAAAAAUAUUUCUAAAGUAUUUAUGCUCAUUGUCUUUUGGAUAUCGUAUCAGCUGAAGUUCUCUUUGCAAAUUUUUGUUCUUGCAGAAGUCCUCAUUGUAAAAGAGGCCAAGAGUAAUCUUGAUUUUGGGAAUUAAUUAGCAUCAGUGCAGUUUAUCUGGCAUUCAGUGUGUCCCAUUAUUAUCAUGGUGAUGAGGUUCAGUGGUGGAACAGAAAUGUCAGGACAAGCAGCACGAGCAGUUACCUGCAUCACACGUCCUACACAUUAUCUAGGCAUUCCAUGGCAUACUUUGAAUUUUAUAGAACAUGAUGUGACUGAUUAAAUUUGCAGAAAUGUAGUUAGAGAUAAAUAAUACAAAUAUGUGGACAUUGUCUGAUAGCUGUCUUGAGAUAUUAUGGAUAUAGUGUCACCUACCCUUGGGAUUACUCUAAACCAAAUCAUGCACCUUUAGCAUCCAUCCUUACUUCAGUGAAAAGCUUGGCCAUCUUCAUCCCUUUACUUUUUAAACUUCAGUUUCUUUAAAGCCCAGAGGUCAAUGACUCAAGUAUUUUCCAGCAAAGUAUUACAAGAGAACAGUAACUGGGUUUUUUUUUUUUUUUGUUGGUUUUAUUCCCCCCUGAAUAUGAUGUGCCCCACUGCUAGGACUGACUACAUUCCUGCUGGAUAUAAGCUUGACCUUUCCCAGUUCACUAAAAUUUGCUAAAGUUCUUCUUUGCAGGAUCCCAUAGUGUUUUGAAGAGGCUGUGUGUAUUCUGUUUGUGCAAGUCACAGGUGCAACACAUAAAUAUUAAGGUGUUCUCAGAUCACCAUCCUGCAGAGUCCAACCAAUGAUUUCACAGCCACAAAUAAUCCUCUUAACUCCCUUUGCCACUUUGCUCUGCCUCUAUGGCCAACCCUAGAGAAGGAACUGAAUGCUACUAAAAAUAAUCUGCUGGUUUAUAUUUAUAUAUUUCAGUGGGAUUAGUUUGCAAUAAGCAGAAACUUUUGCAAAACAAGCUUGUAUUAUUGGCAUGAAAUUCACAGCCUGGGCCUACCAAGUCAUAGUUCAGUCUCUUCCCAAAACCUUUGAGAACAAAUUGAACUUCGCAGUAUCUCGCCUAGAAGAAGAGAUAACAGUUUUCCAGUUGUCUGGGACUGUGAUUCUGGCUCUCCCUUCUAAUCUGGAGUAAUGAAAUUCAAGAAAGUGUGAAUGGAAAGUAAUUUCUGGUACUUUGUUGAACAAUUUUUCCAGCAACCAGCUGAAAUUGGUGAUUUAACUGGUGAUUCAUUCAGGCUCAUCUUCAUUUCCUCUGAAAGGAAUGCUAGAGGACAAUUAACUUUGCUGCCUUAGAGUUGUAUCUUUCAACUUUUCCCUUUAAUUUCUGUGUUGCCAAAGUAAAAUCUGAGGGCUAAUUCCUGUCUAAGGUGGUCACAUACAUCUGUAGUAGCAGAGCCAGACAUUUGUGAAGAUGACUUGGAUAAUUGUAGGAAGAUGGAUUUCACUUGAGUUCAUGAUGCUCAGUUCUGGGAGUGGGAAUUUCAGGAAGGGUUAUGAACCACCAUUGCUGGUGUGUCGAUUACUGAGAGCAGACCAAAGGGACAGAACUGUUCAGUAGAGUACAGUUUCAGUUUCAGCUUUAUGAAUGCUGAGAAUUGCUGCUUGUCUUGUUUCAAUCUUCUCUGUUCUGGAUGCUGGAGAAAAGUAUUUCGUCCUCCUAAAAUGUGAAGAGUGACCACCUCCAAGCCUGCACUCCUGUGGAAAUGGACAAAUGUCCAUCCCCUGGUGCAAAUGCUUUUUGUGUAGUUCUGUAGUACUAUUUUAGUGUUGUCUUACAGAGCUUAUGUGAAGAGACUUGUACAAGCAUUCUGCACUGAUAAGAUUAAAACCUUGUACUAUCAACAAUGGUUGCUUAGCAUUAAAAUGAUCUUGGAUGCCAUUAUAGAGUUCUGUCAGGGUUUAGAGCACUGAGAUGUUUGUGGACCUGAAUCUGUUUGUAUGAAAUUUCUUACAGACAAAGGAUAAUCUAAUUAAUGACAGUAUUUCCAGUUUAGUAACACACAGAGGAGGUAAGGCAGUGUCCCUAGAGACUUCUGUCAACUUAAUGAUUAAGAGAUUAAUUUUAGUACUCUGUAAAUCUGAACAUUGUUUUGAAACAUCAGCCUGCGAUCAAUUGGGAGGGGAUGGGGCUGGUUAGAGUUUUGCUGUCAGAGGGCAUGAACAGAAAAGCUCAGAAAACAUAUAAGCCAGGAUCUUCCCACACUGAAAUCAAGGGAUUAAUUGCAAAAUUGCAUCUGAUUACUUGUCCUGUAACUAGCUGUUCAACAAAGGAAUCCACCUGCCAACAGAAGCAGACUCCAUACAAACUAUCACAUGCUGCAUUUCAAUUUUUUUAUUGGGAUUUGUUCGCCAGACUUAGCGGUCUGGAAGUUCCAGUAAGUACCUCUGGUUGAAAGUUGCUAUUUCAGUUAUGAUUGCUUCCCCAAACCAACUGAAUUUAUUACUAACCAAAGACUUACCUACUUGAAGAAAAAAAACAAAAACAAAACAGUAAAUUUGGUUCUGUCAUUUGUGUCUUUGACUGUGAGCAGUUGAAGUGCAUGAUGUAUGUACUAACCAGGCCUGUGCUGUGGCAUUGAACAAGUUAUUCAGGGCUGCAGCACCAGUAUAACACAUUUAGAAUUCAGUAUUAAUCCCUCCUUGGGACCAUGAGUCUAUGUAAAAAAACUUGAUGUGCCAUAUGUGUAGGCCAUGGGAAAAUUGUGUGUGCAGUGAAAUAUAUACGGUCUUAAAAGCUUUAACAUUUGUACUGCUCUUCCUAUAACAGAAUGUAUGUCUUGAUAGCUGUUGAUCCUAUGAGCUUCUGAAAAAAAAAAUGUAAUCUAAAGUUUAUUCUUCUUGUCUUAAAAUUACUGUUUUGUGUCUAACUGUUUACACAGACCUGCAUACAGCAAAGGGUCUUUCUCUGUAUGUUGCUGGGAAAUGGAAAAGCAGAUGCUAUUUGUAAAUCUUGCAGGCUUAGAGAGAUCAGUGAAUACCUUUCCUGAAUCUCCUCCUGAUAAGCCACUUCUAUUUACUAGCAAAUGCAAACAGUGCCAAUAGCCUGGGCCUUCUUUAGAGGAAACAAAACAGCCUUGUUCUGUUCCACUUCUCUUGAUGCUUCUUAUUUUAAUCUUUUUGCCUCCUUUUGAGUAGGCUUUGGUGAUACAAUUCUUCCAAAGCGUAACUGAGGACAGUUUGCCUUUCUUACCCCUUUUUUUUCAAAGCCACUGAAGGCCUCAAACAAGAAGAAGAAACUUUACAAAACUCAUGCAGGUAUGUUGUUAACAGAUAGCAGAAGGUUAAACAGCCUUCUCAGAGUAGCCCAGACUAUCUUUUAGCAGCGUGCCUGCUCUGUGCUGUGACUUGACAUCUCGCUUUCAUAGUGUGACCUGCUAUUAAUGGUGUUUGUUGCAAUGAGGUCCUUUUAGUUUGUCCUAAAAGAUUUUGCUUGUUUGUCACCAUAUUAGAAACAUAAUGUACACUCUAUAAGAAAAGCAAUAUACGAUAUACUAUACAUCUUCUAUUUCAAUGCCUCCAGUUUUAGGCUAGUAUUCAUAUCAGUGUUUAUAAUCAAAAUACAGGUUUUUCUCAUUCUUCACAGGACCAAGCAAAGUUUUGCCUCGUCUAAAUACUGACAGUAACAUUUCUAUUCAACAAAUACUCUUUUCUCAUGCUUCUAGUUUUCUUGUGAUGGGCUCCAUCCUACUGAUUCCCCAUUAAUGCAUUUGAAAGGGAAAAGUAAUGGGCUAUUUCAGUGCAUGACCUUUGCACAGUACCUGAUUCAUAAAGAUAAAUAGAUCCAAAAUUUCAUUUAUGAGUUACUAGAGAUCAGCAAAACAACAAAAAUCCUUUGAAGUUCAGCUGAGGAAAUUCUGAAGUUCUUGUAUUGCUUAUUUAGUUUUGCAUUUUUUUGAGUCUUGGUAAUGGAUAUAUUUGAUGAAGCCUUUGCCAUAACACUGGCAUCUUCACAGAAGCUGUUCUAAUUUCUGCUUCCAGUUAUAUGUGAAAGUGUACUGUAGAGAAAUUAUCUGGAUUUAAAAAAAAAUCAUGCAAGUUUUAUUCACAUCAAUUCUUGCUUUAUAUGACCGCAUCCUCUGGUAGGUAGCUCACUUUAGUUAAUUCUUGUCAUAAUAGUAGUACAGUGUCCAUAAAAAUGUUUCUGCAGUGAAACCUCACUCAAAAAUAUUUUGAUCCUGAUUGUGACCAGGAUGCCUUUAUUUCAGAGUUCAGUCACUGAAGAGGUGGUCAAAGAAGACAGAAUAUUAGGAAAAAUCAAGAAAUUUUUGUGUAUAUGGUUAAAAAAAGUGAUAUGAUGGAGAAGAAAUUGAGUUGAUUUUUUUCCUCAUUAAAAUUUGCUUAUACACAUUACAGCUGCUCAUAAAAUAUUUAUUUCUUCCUUCACUGUCUUUCUUUUGCAAUCAAAAGAUUUCCAAAGCAAAAAAGUUACCUGGUGACUUUGUACAAAUUACGUAGCAAAUGCAAUCCAGACACCAAAUCCAUCCAGACUUUAGUAGUCCCCAAGGCAGCUAAUUCACUGGAAAUCAUUGACAGAGCUUGUUCUUCUGAACACUGUAAUGACACAGUAUGAAAUGCACCAGUUCACUUACAUUGUUGGCUGCUCAAGAUUCCACCCAGACUGUAUUUAUUAUUCUUCUCCCAUUGCUUGGAAAGGAGGGGAAAAAAAAGGGAGAAAAAAGCUUAGGUCUGUGUCUCUGCAUUACUCGAGUUCUCAUAUGUGCCGACUGCAUCUGAUAGUACAUUGCAGACUUGCUUUCCUAUGACAGAGAAGAUGGUUUAUCUCUUUUGUGCUACUUUUUUUUUUCCCUGUCAGGAAUUUUUUGACAUCUCUUCAACCAUGUCAGUAACUUUUUUUGGGCUCCUCAAUGCCUGGAAAUCCUGGAUGAAAGGCCAUGCUAAACAUGUGCAGAACAAUUUUGUAUCUCAGGUGAGAAGUUUUGUAGGGAUAUUUUAGGUUUAUUGCUAGGGGCAGACCAACUUUCCAAGUUCAGUGGGCUCACCUUAUGCUGUAGAGCUGAUGUGUAAAGGCACAACACAUGUUGACAUGUAACUCAGCCAUGCAGACACAUGGUCAAUGCAGUUCAGCAUGGCAAAUCCUGAGAAAACGGAAUUUGCAGCAAUUGGAAUUUCAGAUGUUGGCAGGAGUACAUGAUUUGUACCACCUUCUCUCUCUUGUGUCAUGGAAACUAUCUAGAAAUAUAGGAAAAUAAUUAGGAAAGAAAAAAGAAACAAAUGAGGGCAAUUGUGAGGCAGAGCUCAUUUAUCAAAUUUCACAUUCCAGAGGUGGAACUAAAACCAUUCAAAUUCAGUGGUCAGUGCUGAUCAGCCGUCUCAUAGGAGUUCCAUCUCAGUUUCCAUAUGUAAAUUUCAUACUGAGCAGCUAUAAUACUGCCACGGGCAGGAGGUGUUUGGCUUUUCAAUAACCACUAAAAGAUUGGGUAGAGAUUGGUUGCUGGAGUGCUCAAUACCCAAAUACUUGCUGGGUCUUGGCAAGUGGAAUUCAGUUUCCAGCAAGGUUUUGUGGCAGGAACUUUGAAUGUUCUUGUGAAUCAGGACUGACCAGGGGUGGUCCCAAGCCUUCACAACACACGUCCAGGACCAGUUUUACACACAUCCUACACACAUGCCUACAGAUUUUAUGAAUCAGGUCUGUGAUCAAUGUUUUGAACAGUUCGUUUGCUGCAGUUUCUUGGGGUUAUUCUCUCUUGGUUUGCACUGUAAAUAAUACUGUACAUCUCCUAUUUUAUUAUACAAAUGCCAUGUGAGUUGCUUAUUUUUAAAAUGUUAUAUAGCUCUGUUAUGAUUUAUUUGCGAUGCCAUAAUACAGUAUUGAUUUAAUAUACAAUGUAUCUCAAAGGCAUGAGUGAAAAUGCUUAUAUUUUGCAAUGUCAAAUAUUUUAUUUUUGUUUUUUAAAAUGAAUACAUUUCAUCCUAUGCAGUUCCAUAAAUGUUUCUUAAGUGGCUCAUUAUGUCUGGAAAGAUUGCUUCCUCUCCAGUAGUGCAAGCAUAAGAACUAGUAUUCCUGAUCAAAAUCAUCAGAUAUAUCAUCUAGCAAUUUCAGAUUAGAAAUGUAUGUACAAAUAUGUAAGCAUUUAUAGUUAAUCAGAACAUCUAUUAUAUCUUCCUUGCUUUUCAUGUAAUGAUACAUUUUAAUCAUUUUGUAUUCUUUUUAUUUGUAAUUAUUUGUGACUCAUACACAGUGUAAAUAACAUGUUUCAUUAUGCAAGUUUUUUAGGUAUUCAAGACUACAAAAAAGUUUGUAUAUGAAAAGAAAUUGAUAGUAGAUUGGAAUGACAUAAAAUAAAGUGGUGAUGACUAUGUUCUAUUUAUACUGUUCAUUUCCAAGAUGUCUGUUAAAGAAAAAACAUUUUAUUUGCCCUUUAAUGUCCAACCAGUUAUUUGAAGUAUAUUUACAUCAAUAAAUCAUGCAAAAGUCUAUUAAAAGUCAUGAAGAAUCAUUGA